GGAACUACAACGACCGGCGUGCUGUGCGGCUAACCCGUUUGACCCUCAACCCGACGCGUGCGGUGUGCUCCCGCCUCCUGAGUUCUACUCGCGCUGUGUGUGUCCGCCGCGCGCUCCAGCUACUAGUUCCCGUGCCGAGGGGAGACCGCCGAGCGUCAAGAUGUCGGGUGACGAUGAACAGCAGGAGCAGACCAUCGCCGAGGACCUGGUGGUCACCAAAUACAAGAUGGGGGGCGACAUCGCCAACAGGGUUCUGCGUACACUUGUGGAGGCAGCUACCCCAGAGGCUUCCAUCCUAAGUCUCUGUGAAAAGGGGGAUGCUAUGAUAAUGGAGGAAACUGGCAAAAUUUUCAAAAAGGAGAAGGAAAUGAAAAAAGGCAUUGCCUUUCCAACCAGUAUAUCGGUUAAUAACUGUGUGUGCCACUUCUCCCCUCUGAAGAGUGACCAAGAUUACCUACUGAAGAAUGGUGAUCUAGUGAAGAUUGACUUGGGAGUUCAUGUAGAUGGCUUCAUUGCUAAUGUUGCCCACAGCUUUGUCGUUGGUGCCUCCAAGGAGUCUACAGUUACUGGUCGUAAAGCAGAUGUUGUUAAAGCCGCUCACCUUUGUGCAGAAGCUGCUCUCCGCCUGGUAAAGCCAGGAAAUCAGAACACACAAGUAACUGAAGCGUGGAACAAGAUUGCUCCUUCUUUUAACUGUAAUCCAAUUGAAGGGAUGCUUUCUCAUCAGUUAAAACAGCAUGUUAUUGAUGGAGAGAAGACUAUUAUCCAAAACCCUACUGACCAGCAAAAGAAGGACCAUGAAAAAGCAGAGUUUGAAGUUCAUGAAGUUUAUGCUAUUGAUGUUCUUAUUAGCACUGGGGAAGGAAAGGCGAAGGAUGCUGGGCAGAGGACAACAAUUUACAAAAGGGAUCCAACUAAGCAGUACGGACUGAAGAUGAAAACCUCUCGUGCCUUUUUCAGUGAAGUUGAGAGACGUUUUGGUGCCAUGCCAUUCACUCUUAGGGCGUUUGAAGAUGAAAAGAAGGCAAGAAUGGGUGUGGUGGAAUGUGCAAAGCAUGAAUUGCUCCAACCUUUCAAUGUACUCUAUGAAAAGGAAGGUGAACACGUUGCACAGUUUAAGUUUACAGUUCUGUUGAUGCCUAAUGGCCCCAUGAGAAUAACAAGUGGUCCCUUUGAGCCAGAUUGGUACAAGUCUGAGUUUGAGGUGCAGGAUACGGAGUUGAAGGCACUUCUGCAAAGUUCAGCUAGCCGAAAGACCCAGAAAAAGAAGAAAAAGAAGGCUUCAAAGAAUGCAGAACAAGCCACUGCUGAAGAUAAUGAAGGCACAGAGUGAGGAAAUCCUAGUCCUGAAAGUGUUUGACUUCGACCUGCCAGUUUAUUUUUUAGUACCUGCGUUAUUUUUGCCUCUCCCCUCUCCCAACAAAAUGAAUUGAAACUGAAAUAAAGGGCUUUGUUGGUGAUCUAACAGAGUUCUAGCGGAUCCAGGCCUCCCCCAUCCUCUUUGGAUACAAACAUGGACGUUGAGGGAAAGACCUCUUUGGAAUUCACACCAGACUACUUUACCAAAAGAAAAUAUAUAUAAA